CAGCUGGGUGCGUCCCACCCGCUCCAUGGCAGGAGCCGGAGGAGGCGGCUGCCCGAUGGGCGGCAACGACUUCCAGUGGUGCUUCUCGCAAGUGAAGGGCGCUGUCAACGAGGACGUGGCGGAAGCCGACAUCAUCUCCACCGUUGAGUUUAACUACUCUGGAGACCUUCUUGCAACAGGAGACAAAGGUGGCAGAGUUGUUAUUUUCCAGCGGGAACAAGAGAAUAAAGGCCGCACUCACUCUAGGGGAGAGUACAAUCUUUACAGUACCUUUCAGAGUCAUGAGCCAGAGUUUGACUAUUUGAAAAGUCUAGAAAUUGAAGAAAAAAUUAAUAAAAUCAGGUGGUUACCGCAACAGAAUGCUGCUCAUUUUCUACUCUCUACAAAUGAUAAAACUAUUAAAUUAUGGAAAAUAAGUGAACGGGAUAAAAGAGCAGACGGUUAUAACUUGAAAGAUGAAGAUGGACGACUUCGAGACCCAUUUAGAAUUACGGCACUACGGGUUCCAAUAUUGAAGCCCAUGGACCUUAUGGUAGAAGCAAGUCCACGACGAAUUUUUGCAACUGCUCAUACAUAUCACUUUAAUUCCAUUUCAGUAAAUAGUGAUCAUGAAACAUAUCUCUCUGCAGAUGAUCUGAGAAUUAACCUAUGGCAUUUAGAAAUCACAGAUAGAAGCUUCAACAUUGUGGACAUCAAGCCAACUAACAUGGAGGAGCUGACAGAAGUCAUCACUGCCGCUGAGUUCCACCCACACCAGUGCAAUGUGUUCGUCUAUAGCAGUAGCAAGGGGACCAUCAGGCUGUGUGACAUGCGCUCCUCUGCCCUGUGUGACAGGCAUGCCAAGUUUUUUGAAGAGCCAGAAGACCCCAGCAGUAGAUCCUUUUUCUCAGAAAUAAUCUUGUCUAUAUCUGACGUCAAGUUCAGCCACAGUGGUCGGUACAUGAUGACCAGAGACUAUCUGUCGGUAAAGGUAUGGGACCUCAACAUGGAGGGCAGGCCUGUCGAGACCCACCAGGUACAUGAGUACCUGCGAAGCAAGCUCUGCUCCUUGUAUGAGAAUGACUGCAUCUUUGACAGGUUCGAGUGCUGCUGGAACGGUUCAGACAGUGCCAUUAUGACGGGGUCCUACAACAACUUCUUCAGAAUGUUUGAUAGAAACACGCAGAGGGAUGUUACACUGGAAGCCUCGAGAUGA